UCUGCCGGAGGAAGAGCCGCCGGAGACACAUGGACCGAGAACUGUGAGGCAGCAUCCGGGUCGCUUUCACUUGCACUCAGCAGUCAGCCGUGACGACAUUUGUAUCCAAGUUUGUCCUGCACUCGACGCCGCCUCCACCAACCAUUUCUGGUCAUCAGCGUUUACCUGGAGCAGACACCAGAGCAGCCGAGGCAACUGCAUCACCACCUCUUGGCAUCUGCAUCACCACCUCUUGGCGUCUUCCCACGCCACGCCCGCAUCCAUCCAUUUCCUUUAAAUAGACGCCAUCGGCCGCGCCGAUCCAGUCAUCGGCCCGGCGAUCUAGUACUAGAGUAGAGCACUGCAGUGCAGUGGGAUCAUCGCGCGGCAAUGGCGAAGGCGGAAGCGGCGGCGGCGGCGCACGUGCUGGUGUUCCCGGCCCCGGCACAGGGCCACCUCAACAGCUUCCUCCACUUGUCCACGGGGCUCCUCCGCGCGGGCCUCCACGUCACUUUCCUCCACACCGACCACAACCUCCGCCGCCUCGGCGCCGCUGUCGCCGAGGCCACGGCCGCCUCGCCGCGCCUCCGCUUCCUGUCCGUGCCCGACGGCCUCCCCGACGACGACCCGCGCGCCGUCGACGGCCUCCCGCGACUCGUGGAGGCCCUGUGUACCAAGGCCAGCGCGUCGUACCGCGCCCUGAUGCUCGCCUCCCUGUCGCCGCGCGCGGACGGGGGCGGAGGCGCCGCCGACGGCUUCCCGCCCGUGACGUGCGUCGUCGGCGACGGCAUACUGCCGUUCGUGGUCGACGUCGCGGAGGAGCUCGGCGUCCCGGCGAUCUCCUACCGCACGGUGAGCGCGUGCGCCGUGCUGGCGUACCUGUCCGUGCCCAGGCUCCUCGACCUCGGCGAGCUCCCAUUCCCCGAAGGUGGCGACGACGUCCUCGACGAGCCCGUCCGCGGCGUCCCGGGGAUGGAGAGCUUCCUGCGACGGCGAGACCUCCCGAUCCAGUUCCGCCAACUCACCAGCACGCACGAGGAGCCGCUGAUCAAGGCGGUGGUGGAGGCCACCCUGCACAGCCGCAAGGCCAGAGCUCUCAUGGUCAACACGACCACGUCCCUGGAGCGGCGGUCCCUCGACCACCUCGCCAAGGAGAUGCGCGGCGUGUUCGCCGUCGGGCCUCUGCACGCCAUGUCCCCCGCGCCGGCGGCGGCCACGAGCCUGUGGCGCCACGACGACGGGUGCAUGGCGUGGCUCGACAGCCAGGCGGAGGCGGCGGCGCGGUCCGUGGUGUACAUCAGCCUGGGGAGCCUCGCCGUCAUCUCCCACGAGCAGUUCACCGAGUUCCUGCACGGGCUCGUCGCCUCCGGCUACCCGUUCCUGUGGGUGCUCCGGCCGGACAUGCUCGGGGCAAGCCAGGACGCCGCGCUCCAGGAAGCCGUCGCCGCGGUCGGGAGUGGCAGGGCGCGCGUCGUGCCGUGGGCGCCGCAGCGAGACGUGCUGCGGCACCGCGCCGUGGGGUGCUUCCUGACGCACAGCGGGUGGAACUCGACGCUGGAGGGCAUCGUGGAGGGCGUGCCCAUGGUGUGCUGGCCCUUCUUCGCGGACCAGCAGAUCAACAGCCGCUUCGUGGGCGCCGUGUGGAGGAACGGGCUGGACAUGAAGGACGUGUGCGACAGAGGCGUGGUGGAGAGGACGGUGAGGGAAGCCAUGGAGUCCGCCGAGAUCAGGAGGUCGGCGCAUGCGCUGGCGGAGCAGGUGAAGCGAGACGUGGCCGACGGCGGGGCAUCGGCGUUGGAGUUCGAGCGCCUGGUCAGCUUCGUCAGGGAGCUCAGCACGUCAGCAGCACAGACCCCCAUCUCCAAUGUCUUGAAAUGAAUGGAUUGAAAUUAAUCUGGAUAGACACGCACUAUUUUGUUAUAUUUUAUUUUUUGAGAUCCAACACGCACCAAUUCAAUGGCCGGAUGGGCAUAUACCACAUUGUUGUCUCGCACUAAA